CUUUAUAGUAACUUUUCUAGAAACGCACAGAAUGCCUCGGCCGCAAAUUAUCACCUGGCUUGAAAGAAUGCGCCAGGCUGAGAAGAGUAACGUCCUUCUGAUGUCACAGAAAAAGUGCUAUAAGCCGCUUUACUGGAAGAGUCGUUCCUACCUGGGCUUGCUGGCAUGCAUUAUUCUAGACUCUCCUGACAAGAAGCUCUCAACUUCUCAAAUAUUAGAUAAAAUGAUGGCUUUUAUGGCAGCUGACAGUAAAAGAAUUGAGAAGCCUGUGAAAACCUGCUUAUCAUCUCACAAGUGUUUUGUAAAGGCUUGAGUGUCAUCUAGUUUUCAGACCCCCAAUGUCCAAGUGGUAUGGAUCUCUGGACACUGGAUAAGAGAAGAAUGACCAAAAAUAUGAAGGAUCAUGUCAAAGCAACGCUUCAAAUGUUUCCUGGAUUUUCCUCUAAAGUAAGUGUGAAAUGCAACAAUGGAAGAGAACCUGGCCUCACUAACACAGUAAAUGGAUGCUUUAUGCCUGUGGAUAAACAAGUAUCACAGGAGCUUCAAGACUUUAAACUCUUCCUGAAGAGAUGUUCAACCACGGAGUGGCAGAUUGUAGCGCUGCCAACCAGAGCUGACCGCUAUAAUCAAACAUCAGUGGACUGGUCUAAUCUGGCACUCAAGUCUGUGGUUCAGUACAGCGGCCCUUUCUCCACAGAAUCCCUCAUAAAGGAAGAUGGACCUCAGCCCUACCAUAAUCCCAGAAAUGUGGCCACUGUGUUUGAAGGAUUCCCUUUGGAAACUGCACACUCAAGUUGUUCCAGAACUCCAGAGAUGUAGUAAAGGUGCUGAAUUAAGGAGGGCCUGUUUAGACUAGUUGGUCUUUGGUAUUUUAUCUGCAGAAGCACUGUUUUAAUGUGGUCAGGAAUAAUCCGUUAACAGCAUAAAAGAUUUGGGAACUGGCUAUAUUGUUGCUUUUUCUAGCCAAUAUGAGGCACUUGGAUAAAAAGCUGCUCAUUUUGUUAGGAAACAAACUGAAAACUUGUGUUAAAUUUCAGUGUAAAUAUUUUGGUGUGCUGUGAUUUAACUUUGCUGUGAUUUCAUACUUGCUGUGCACUGUGUGGACACUUUGUGUACUUUGUCAUGUAGUUUGUCUUAAAAUAAAUAUUACUAAUAUUGAA